AAGUAAUGGUUAUUACUUAAAAACAAUUUAUGAACGUGAUAAUUUUAUUUAUUAACUCCUUAAUGCUCACCAGAGCAAGUCAUGAUUAAAAAUUGAAUUGGAAGCUGGUGACAAAAAUUUGUGUUGCUAAAUGUUUAACAUAUUGAUUGUCACUUGAUGCAUCUGUUUAAAACCCAGCUAGCUGCUAUGCAGAUAAUUAACUCAUUGAAUUUUUUAUUUGAGAAUUGUGAUUUUAUAAAGGAUUUCCAGUUUUUUGGAGUGGCAUUAUCAAUGGUGUUGUUGUUGAGUCUUGGAAUGUCAUCUCAAUGAAAAUCAUUCAAUUAUUUUCAUCCCAGAGGAUGUGGAAAAAAUUAUGACGGUAAUGUAUCUCGUCAGCCACAUAUAUGUGGAGGGAUGAACCAUGUUGUUAAGUAUCAGUGACAGUCGCCCAAGGUUAAUGUAAGAUAUCAACCAAAACACUACAGGAAUCUCAGAGACACUGGACACAAAGCUUACCCUAUGUAUGGGUAUAUAUAAUGGCGGGGAACUGUAGGGGUUGAUGUACAUAAUGGAAGCUGUCUGAACCAAAAGCAGUGCAUUAUUCCUUGUUCUAUAGAAUUGUAAUAUUGUCUCCCCUAUACCACAAUAGAAGCGAUCAUCUUGAAAUGGACUGCUAUAUUCCUCCUUUGAAUCGGGGAAUAGAAUUUUGUUAGGCCUGCAAUUAAAAUGAAUUUACUUCAGGGAAUACUGAGACUGAUAAAGGAAAUCAUCGGUGGAAUUCAUUUACUCAUGAAUCAUCAUUGUACGAUACGAUUGGAGACCGUCAAAAUGAAGGGCUGUACCUAGUCAUAAGUAUAGAAGCUGAGAAUCAAAUCGGUCCUCGUUCUAACAUUGUGACAGAUCUUAGAGUGGGGCUUUCUCAUGUUUCAACCAAUCACUGCCCAACUAAGUAUCUUCUCCAUUACUUUCUUUAUUUGGAACUUUUGUGAUUUUCUUUCUCGACAGCUGUGGUUCUUAGUGAUGCUUGUGCAGUGUGAUACAUGCCCUUGAUCGUAUCUAAAGUAUAUUAAGAAAACAUUUGAUUGGCAUAUUCCUGAUUUAAGACGUGUUUCUGAAGUUAAGAGAUUCAAUCUCUUGCUGCUUAAGGAAAAUUUUGUCGCUGAUGGAUGAAUCUUUAUAUUGACCGAUCAAAAUCCAGCGAGCAAUAGAUAGACGCUUCCCUCUGAUCAUCUAUCCUUUUAUGAUUCGGAUUACUCAAAAAAAAGGGUUUCUUCCUUAGAGGGGAAAUUGCAUGGGAAACAGAAUUCAGUCUGCAAUUAUGGUUUAGAAUGGAGGCAUCAACAGGUUCCCUUUCUGAUACAUGGGAGUUUGUAAUCUAACGAUGCCAAAAAAUUUGAGGAUAUUUUCACUGAAAUUGAAUCAAAAUGCUUAAAGAAAAUAAGCUGCUUUGCAAGAGUGCCAUGAUGUUUUACACAACAGACCAUGGGUAUAGCAAUGCAAACAUGACUCAUCGCCGAAGAAACCGAACAAGAAAAUUUAAUUUAAAUAUGUCUUGGUAUGGAACUUUAUACAAACGAAUUAAAGGAUCUCAGAAAAUGUGGACUCUGCAUCAUAAUCCAUUGCAUGAUCCAGAGAACACUUUCUUGAGUUUUUCCAACCCCAACUACCGAUUUGAAGACCAGCUUAAGAUGAAGUCCAGUAAACUGCACAAAGAAGCAUACCAUAAUGACUCGAACAUCUACAAUGAAGUUGAUCCAUCUUCCAUGUCUCUGUUAGACAAUAAAUCUGUGUCAGAUAAAUACUCCAACGAAAGUGAGAAACAGCAACUGCUUGGUGAUUUGUCUGUGGACAGUUCAUCCUCUUCAGAGGAGGAAGAAACUGAAAGUGAAAACAAGGAGCUAAAGCAGAAUAUGUUGAAAAAUGAGAAAAAUCUGAUGAAGAAGGAGGAGAAGAAUUCACAGGAAGGAGGCAAGGAGAGCGGAAAGAAAUCCACAGGAUUCCUGGAGUAUUACUCCAUGCUGGAGAGCAAAGCCAAGGAGAAGUCGCAAUCCGUCUCAUCCGACCUGGAUCUGGAAUUGGAAUGGAGUGGAAUUACAUCUCCAGUCAACCAAACCAAAGUCAAGUUUGACAUAAAUUCACCUGACAGUGGAAUCCAUUCGGAUGCGAGAUCGGAUGAUGGGUCACAUGUCCAUGGACCAGUCAAUGAGGACAUCUACUCUGUCGUCAACAAGUCCUCGGAACCGGAGGGCUCGGAGGAAACGACGCCAACAGGGGACCCACCACAGGAAGUGGUUCUGCCCCCUGGCUGGGAGAAGUGUGAAGACGAGGAGGGAGCGUACUACUGGCACAUCAAGAGCGGGACCAUCCAGAGGGAGCCACCCUCCCCAACCACCCCUGAUGUCAAACAAACCACACUCAGAUCACUCUCUGUCAAGAGUACUUCAAGUUCAGGGUCCACCACUAACGGAUCCGUCCCUUCCAGUCCUUCUAGUGUGUCCUCAAACACCGAGGAGCCAUUGAAGGCGUUCGAGGGGCAUGCUCUACAAUAUGCCGCUAAUUCACUACAAAAUAUGUCUGCAAAGUUAGAUGCACAAUCAGAACCACAAAAGACAGAACCCCACGAGAAGCCUGUGCGGUUUGCGGUCCAGUCUCUGGGCUGGGUCAAGAUAGCGGAGGAAGACCUGACCCCAGAGAGGAGCAGUCGAGCGGUCAACAAGUGUAUCGUAGACCUGUCGUUUGGCAGGAACGACAUCAAUGAUGUUGUCGGCAGAUGGGGAGAUGGUAAGGAUCUGUACAUGGACCUGGACAGUGACAGUCUGAGACUGGUGGACACCCAGGACUUCACCACCCUCAACUCCCAGCCCAUACAGUCCAUCCGGGUGUGGGGGGUGGGCAGGGACAAUGGCAGGGAUUUUGCGUACGUGGCUCGAGACAAGACAACAAGAAAACACAUGUGUCACGUGUUCCGCUGUGACACUCCGGCCCGCCACAUCGCCAACACCCUGAGGGAUAUCUGUAAGAAGAUCAUGCUGGAGCGCCACAUUGAACAGAAUGCAGUGGUGCAGCGGUUAAGUCGCCCCACCGACCUCCCCAACCUGGAGAAAUCCAAUGGACAGGCCAAUGGACAGAAGAUGUCCUUCCAAAGUCUGUACAACAGUAUUUCCUUCCCAACUCCAAUGGAGGAACCGAAAAAAGUCAUCCGCUGUCACUACCUGGGGAGGGAGAGGGUCUCUAAACCUACAGGUACUGACAUCCUGAAUAAUGCAAUAGAGUCGGUGUACAGCCGGAUUCCUCCAGAGAAGUGGAUGUUUGUGGAUGUGGCUAUCGCUCCCUCCACCCUCACCAUCACAGAACGCGGGAAGCCAGAAAACAAGAUAGAUGACUGUCGCAUUCGCUUUCUGUCAUUCAUGGGAAUCGCCAUGGAGAAUUCCAAAUUGGGAGGAUUCAUCAUGCAUGGAGCGGAGGACCAGUUUUACGCCCACAUAUUCCACUGUGAACCCUCAGCAGGCCCACUCUGUAAAACAAUAGAGGCGGCUUGUAAGUUGCGAUUUCAAAAAUAUCUGGAUGCACAUGGAAUUCAGACUCCCACCCCCACACAGAAAAACAAGUUGGAGACUAUAGGGGAGACAUUCAAGGCCGGGGUCAAGGCCAGUGCUGUGGGGGUUCAGUCGGGGGUCAAGGCCAGCCUACAUGGAGUUCAGUCUGUGUUCAGUUUACUCAAAAAUAAAGUGAAGUCUGACCAGACGUGACCUUGUCUGAUAGAGUUUUGGUGCUUGCUUUCGACAUAGUGUUCAGAGUUUUGUGGAGAAUCUGAAGUCUCCAGUCAAAUAAACAUGGACGCCACUACCCUUAAGAAGCUCUCAACAGAUGGCAAGAAGCCGCUGAUGAACCUACUGACCAUGACAGAGUCUGUUGUGUGGGAUAGUGUUCAUUAGCUGAUGUAGGACAAGCAUUAUAAUUUAUAUAUUCUGUGUAAGGUGAUAUGCAAACAGUCUAUGACAUGCCUGUAAAUAUACAUGUAUAUGUAUGAUUAUUUUAUAUUGUUAUUGAUCAAUAAGGAGUUAGAGUGAGAGUACUGUAGAUAUGGUAAGGUUUAUCUAUUACAGCAUAUAAUGUUUAAUACUAAGGUUGGCACCAAUGGUAAAGGCCUCAAUCUAUUCAAAACUAACCACAGCCCGUUUUAUGAAAAGGGGGUUGUAAGAGUUAUAGAACUUUGAAAAAUGUCCCCAUAUAAAUACAAAAAUAUUAUGACAGUUUUAAGCUGAGCUUUUGAUAUGAUAGAAUUUUGCAUUCCAAUUUUGUAAGAAGAGAAAAAAAGGUUGUUAUAUACAUUAUAUUAAUAAGCAUUAAUUUUUUGUCUAUAUUUGUUAUUUGAUACAUUUGUUCAUGUAGAUAAUGGCAUGUUUUGUUAAUGGUUUAAAUAUUUUACUGGAAAUCUUUUAUAGCCUAUAUCUUUUGAAUUGUUUUUCAAUUCUUGCCUUUAGUUAUCAAGCAGAUACUGAUGUUUUGUGUUUUGUCUUUGUUGCCAUUUAAAAUAUCAAAACCACCAUUUAUAUCAAGGGUAUUUCUGUUUUUUUAACGGACAGAUCAUGUGCGGACCAGAUUCUAGCUAGUUGUGAUAUUUGUACGGGCAUUUGUACUUAUUUUCAUGCUGAUUGUACAUUUCUCUUUUCUUCCAGAGUUUUUUUUUUUAUUCUUGUUUAUAAUGGUUGUAGUUUUACCAGAAGUACAUUAUGAAUCUGCUAUGUUUUAUUGAAACCUUCUGCCAGAUUAUAUACUCAUUAUAUAUAUUUGUUUAUGCCUGUUGCUUGUUCCAAUGAUUUGCCAUAUGAUCAUUAUGUUUCACUAUUUUUUUUUUUUUUUGCCGAAGAGGUACUUCUACACAUGUGCAAUAUCCGAUAAAUUCAGGUGUACAAACCAUUUGCAUACCGGUAGUUGUGACAUUCUUGUGUUAAUGAAAUAAUUGUGUAUAGUUUUAUGUAAUAUUAUGUCUGUUAGGUAAUCUUUGAUCAUUCUAGUACAGUGUUUAUUGCUGACGAAAUCCUCAAUCCUCUUCAAAAUAGAUAAUUUUUUAAAGAAAUUUUUACUAUGUAUGAGUAGUAUUGCAUUUUAAAAUUGCUGCGAUUACAGAGUAUAGCAGCAGAUCUGUAUUAACCUAUAAAGAUCUUGACGAUAUCUUUUUGAAUGAAUAUCAUCACAGCCUCUUGUUCGUUCUGAUUUUCAGUUUUGUCUUCCAGUUUUUGUCUACAAAUCUGCAGUGGUUCAGAAAAUUUGUUUUUGAUUUUUAUUUGAUAUGAGUUUAAAUCUUGUUUAUAGUCCCUGGUUGAUGAAAUGACUACGGUAGCUUAUAGUUGUGCACAAACUAAUAAUUUGACCAAUAUUUGGUUGCUUCUUUAUAUAGAUAGUAAAGAAAUGCUUUUCUUGAUGAAUAACUAACCAUGUAUACAAUUUUAAGUUUGUAAUAAUUGUUUUUCUUGAAAAUUACGUAUUAUUACAACUAAAAGUUUGUGAUUAAAUCCAGUAAAGAACUGUUCCCCAAGCAGUUAGGUUGUUACGGUUUGUUGCUGUGGUGACACUAUCACAUGACACUGGGUUGUGUCGUAUUACUGGAAGGUGAUAGUGUACGAUGUCUGUGAAAUCAAAAUAUGACUGUGUUACAAUUGUUUUGGUUUCAGUAUAGAAUCUUUUAUACCUCUGUUGUUUUCUGGAUACCAAGGUUGUGUUUUCUUUGUGGCCAGUUUUGAUUAGCCUAGGGGGGUCCUAUAGCCUCACCAAUCUACACUGCUUUAAUUGUCGGAUGGAUGAGUGGAUCGUUCAUAAUUAAUGUGUCUCUUUUAUUCAAGCUUGGGACAGAGUUCUGAUGAAGAAAUUCCUAUCAAAAAUUAAAUACCAAUAUAUAGGAAUUGUUUUGUCAAGAAAUUUUAGCAGGUAUUGUCCGAGUUUUGAUUGACAGCUGUGAUUAUGGAGACACUUUACACUCCAUAUUUUAUUCAGAUUUUCAUUACCAGGCAUAGGUUGAAGGUUGAUGAGACCUAUUGUUAAAAAGUUUAAAAAUCAAUUGAGUUUGUAAUUGAUAUACACAGAUUUCCUCAUUAAUUGACCCAUUAAAACAUUCUAUUAAAGCAAGAGGUAUUCAGAGAUUGGUUGUACCACCUCACUCAAACCCGCUUACAAAAGAAAUUGAGAUUGCCUUUAAAAUGAUAGAGAAAUGAAAAAAAAAAUGGAUCACAUUUUAAUGCAUCAAAACUUUCUGAAAAAAUGAGAAAGUUGACUGUAUUUCAUAUUCAUUUUAUUAAUCUACAAUCAUCUCACAAAGCUCACCAUGCAAAUCUCUGACCACAUGCUACAAAUUUUUAUCUUUCUAGAAGUGUAAUGUCAUCAAUUAGACAAGAUUGGUACAGAGAAUCUCUCAAAAUGCAUAUUCUGUGAUUGUUUGUACAUUGUUAUGUAUAUGUAAACAUUCUUGAAUUUUAUAUGACAGAUCUAAACACACUGCAACAUUUGCCAUAUGAUGGCUUGUAUAAGAUAUGUGAAAUUCUAAGGGUUCAUCAUCUUGUAUUGUCUUUGCUGAUUUGUGUAUGUAUAUGUUAGUUUCAUGUUGUCAUUAUAACUAACCAGCUUUAAAAAGCAGUGUGUUAAUUAAAACAUGUAAUUUAUUAGCGUGGGAGUGAUUAAAAAAAACCAUAAAGACAAGUUGUCCAGUUUAGAUUACAAAAUUUCGGGAAAGUAUGCUAUCAUGCUUUUUUUAAGCUGAUGUACAACCUUGUUUUAAGAAAUUUAACAGAUUGCAUUUUAUGAACUUUUGACACUUGGGUUUUUCAUUAAUGGCCAUUAAACCAUAAUUAUGCUUUAAACAAAUAACACUUCUGAGCUGUUGAUUUCAGUUGUUACUGUAUUUUAUGAUAUUGCAAUAAAGGCAAAAAUUUGCUGUCAUAAAAGCU